AUGGCUACAGUGCGAAUCUGUGUCUGUGGUGAUGAGGGCACUGGCAAGUCCAGUCUCAUCACCUCCCUUGUGAAGGGGGUAUUCGUUACAAACAAGAUCCAGCCUAUCCUACCUCAAAUCACCAUCCCUCCUACGAUCGGUACCCCCGAGAAUGUCACCACAACGACGGUGGUGGACACCUCCGCUCUUCCGCAGGAGCGCAAUAAUCUGGCCAGGGAGAUCCGGAAGUCCAAUGUAAUCCUACUCGUGUAUUCGGACCAUUACAGCUAUGAGAGAGUCGCUCUAUUCUGGUUACCAUACUUUCGUUCUCUAGGGGUCAAUGUCCCCGUGGUACUAUGUGCGAACAAGUCCGAUCUCGCUGCAGAUCAUACCGAGGCCCAGGUCAUUGAGGAGGAAAUGCUACCAUUGAUGGCGGAGUUCAAGGAAAUCGACUCUUGCAUCCGCACCAGUGCCCGUGAACAUCGGAAUGUCAACGAAGCCUUCUUCCUCUGCCAGAAAGCGGUUACCCAUCCGAUCGCACCGCUGUUUGACUCCAAAGAAUCCUCCCUGAAGCCGGCAGCAAUCGCAGCGUUGCAGCGAAUUUUCUACCUCUGCGAUAAGGAUAGGGAUGGUUACCUCUCUGAUAAGGAGAUCAAGGACUUUCAAAUGAGAUGCUUUGAGAAGCCAUUGAGUGAGGAAGAUUUGAUUCACAUCAAGGAGACCAUACAGAGGACGCAUCCUCAUUCAGUGACACCCUCAGGCAUCGAUUGCCGCGGUUUCCUGCAGCUGAACAAGAUGUAUGCGGAAAAAGGCCGACAUGAGACUGUUUGGAUUAUACUACGAGCAUUCCAAUACACGGAUAAUCUAUCACUACAGGAGAACUUCCUUCACCCGAGAUUUGACGUACCCCCUUAUGCGUCGGCUGAGCUUUCGCCAGAGGGGUAUCGAUUCUUUGUGAACCUCUUCCUACUCUCAGACAAGGAUAACGACGGAGGCCUGAAUGAUGCGGAGCUGGCGUCGCUCUUUGCGCCCACACCGGGGUUGCCUGCUUCAUGGGCAGACGGUUCCUUCCCAUCCUCUACCGUCCGCAACGAAGCCGGCCAUGUCACCCUUCAAGGAUGGCUUGCGCAAUGGAGUAUGACUACUUUCACGUCGCCUAAGACAACAUUGGAGUAUCUAGCCUACCUGGGUUUCGAGUCGUCCGACCGGAGCAAUCCUUCUACAACAGCAGCGCUGAAGGUUACGCGACCACGAAAGAGACGCAAGCGUCCUGGCCGUGUGGGCCGCAAUGUUGUUCUUGGUCACGUCCUUGGGGCUGCAGGCUCAGGCAAAUCUGCACUCCUUGACGCUUUUCUUUCCCGUGGAUUCAGUACUACUUAUCGCCCCACGAUCCAGCCCCGAACUGCUGUGAACACAGUUGAGCUUCCGGGAGGGAAACAGUGCUACCUCAUCCUCGAUGAGCUCGGGGAACUGGAGCCUGCCCUCCUCGAGAAUCAGGUAAAACUGCUGGAUCAGUGCGAUGUCAUCGUGUACACGUAUGACUCGUCAGAUCCCGAUUCCUUUGCAUACAUCCCAGCGCUGCGCGCCAAAUAUCCUCACUUGGAGGAGCUUCCCAGUGUUUUUAUUGCACUCAAGGCAGACUUGGACCGGACUACUCAGCGGGCCGAAUAUCAGCCCCACGAAUACACUGCUAUGUUGAAUAUGCCGAGUCCUCCUCUUCAUGUCAGUGCCACUUGGAGCUCCAUCCAGGAGGUGUUUGUCCACAUAGCAGAAGCGGCAAUGGAGCCUAGUACGGCCUUCCCGCGGAGUGAGGAAGAUGUGGAAGGCAAAUGGAUGGCAUGGGGAAUUGCUCUUGGGGCAGUGGUUUGCGCUGGAGCGGCGGCCGUCAUGAUUUGGCGGAGAGUUAGUGGAAGCGGAGUGUGA